CGACUUUCCAGCUGAUAUCGUGAUUUAAUCAGCCGGUCUCCGGGAUUAGUCGGCUCGCCGCGGGCGCCCACGAACCCGCGCGGCGCCAGCCGGUUUCUAAUUUCACACGGAUUCGCGAAACUUUGGCAAAUUGUGGCUUGUCCAAUCACAGACGGAGUCACUAAUAUGCAAAUGCGGAGUUAUCAGAGUCACGUCAGCAGCCGCUGCGCCGUGCUCGCCAGCAGGAGUACGACCAACAACACGGCUCCAACUUCACCGAUAACGCUCAGUCUGCGCGGACGCCCGGAGCCGCGCUGCGCGGCCGCUUCACGGUACAUAAUAUAAGAAGCAUGCUGUAGCCCUGUAGACGGCCUCAGUGGGACCAUCUUGGAUUCAGUGGCGUUUCCAAGGCUUCCGCCAACCUCUGAACUCAGCCAUGGACUUCUUUGAUGACACCAACCUCUUUGUUGGGGAUUUGGAAGGACUGGAGGAGGACGACUUCCCUUCGGGACCUUCACUUGUUGAUGAGUUAAACCUCAGUUCAGACUUUGAACCCCUCCCAGUAGCAUCACUUGGCCCAGGGAAACACCAAGACAUGAUGCCAACAGCCUCAUCCCAUCAAGUCAUGCCCUGUUACAAUCAGCCAAUGCCUCACUUCAUAGGCACCAAGGCACAGAAUCCUAUGGGGCAGGCGUUUUCUGGCUCCGGGAGCUCAGGCGCCAUUCCAGAGCAACAUGGCCAGUACCACAAUGCCGCUCUGAGCCAAGUCACCCAGUCCAACGGGUUGUUCUGCAACAACAGAAGUCCAAUGUGGGGCAAUCAUGACCAAAAUGGGAAUGCGUUCCACCCGUUGGCUCAACCGCAGCAACAGGUUUGUCAUCAGCAACUGCAUAGCCAGCAACUUCACGUGAGACAGCAUCCUCAGCAGCAGAGCCAUGCUCAUCAUCAUCCUCAUCAUCAUCAAGAAGAGCAACAGCACAGACUUCAGCAGCACCUGUUAAACCAGCACCAACAAAUUAGCACACCGGCAGUUUCCCUGCAGCAACAGCAGCAUCACAGUUUCACUUUUCACCAGAGGAGUCAAAACAACUGCCAGCAUCAGAUGCAGCCAUCUCACCCGCAGGUGCAGCAGCAGCUACCUGUAACCGAGACCCACUUUCAUUCCAGAGCUCUUCCGAGUAAGUCUUAUCUAGAAAGUCAGGGUAGGUACCAGUUGCUCAGGAGAGGUCAGGCCUUUUCUGCAUCAGGACUGGAAGACUCUCACCUGGCAUUCCCCAUGCAUUCAUCAUCUGUUGUUCACUCCCUGCCCACAUGCUCUGUUGGUUCUGCUAACGCCUACCAACCAGCCGAGUUCCCUGCCUACCCUGGCGAGCCAGAAAUACCCGGGCUCAGUCAGCAGUCGUUGUCUUCGACGUGUAGGCCUAUCGCAUCAGGGGCAGCAUGUCAGUUUCAGCCCUCGGCCCUCAUGAGUCAGUUGCACUCGAGAACAGCAGUUAGCCGAGCAGACGAGUGUCCCUUCAGAGCACUGCGCUCUUCUGGGGAAAUCCAGGGAAACUGCAAGUCAUCUGAGAUGCUUGAUAAACCAGUGAGUUGCUAUCCCAGCAUUGCUAAUCACCUGCCCUCUGAGCAGCCUCUGAGCUGCGGGGCAAUCAACACUAAUGGAUACCAAGCCUUUGGAGACAACUAUCUGUCGUCAGAGGCCCAGGAUGGAGACUUGGAAGGACUGGGGCCUCCUGACCUUUUGCCUGACCUGCUGCCUCAGCUGCAGGACGAUUGCAGGGAUCAGAACAAAUCCAGCUGUUCGUGGGUCGAUUCCAGCCUGAAGAGGGGGCUUGAGAAAAGCCAAGCGACUGCUGUUGAGACAAAGGAUGAAAAACCUCGAAAGAACGCCAAUGGUCCCGGUAGCCAGGUGCGGGUCCCCAGUCCCACGCUGAAGAGCAGCUCUUCAUCCUCCUCCUCCUCCUCAUCAUCCUCAUCUUCGUCCAGCUCCUCGUCAGAGAAAAGGGCGCCACGGAGGAAGCAGCAUCAGAUGGAGCCAAAUCUGCAGGAGAAGCAGGAGAAGGCCAACAGGAUUAUAUCGGAGGCUAUCGCUAAGGCCCAGCAGCGCGGGGAGAAGAACAUCCCACGGGUCAUGAGCCCAGAGAGCUUCCCCAGCUCCUCGGCCCAGCACAAGGCCCGUCGCCGUGAGCACAAAGGCAACGGCAAGACCCGGUCCAAGGAGAAGGCCUGCAUCGUACCCUCCUCCAAGCCCAAGCAAAAAUCCAAGAUCGGGAAAAUCGUCAUCAAGUUUGGAAAAAAGAAAAAACGGAAGCCGGAGUCUUCAGAGGAGGAGUCGGAUGGUGACACUCCCCUUCGUCACACAUUUAAGGAUGACGACUCGAAGAGGCGCUCCAACCGUCAGGUGAAGAGGAAGAAGUACGCUGAAGAGCUGGAGGCCAGGCUGUCGGACGACGACGUCAAGGUCAUCGUCAAAGCCAAGAAAUCCAACACAGGAGCAUCCAAGGACCCUGCUGUUCAGCUGUUUGUUGAGAAUCCGACUGAGGAAGAUGCAGCUGUUGUCGACAAAAUCAUGUCUUCCCGCAUCGUAAAGAAAGAGGCGUCUCCGGGGGUGAUGGUCGAAGUGGAGGAGUUCUUUGUAAAAUACAAAAAUUAUUCCUACCUUCACUGCGAGUGGGCCACAGAGCAGCACCUUGAGAAGGACAAGAGGAUUCAGCAGAAGAUCAAACGCUUCAAGAUGAAACAGGCACAGAGGGCACUCUUCUUCACAGAUAUGGAAGAGGAGCCGUUUAACCCGGACUACGUAGAGGUGGACAGGGUUCUAGAGGUAUCCUAUUGUGAGGAAAAAGACACAGGAGAGGAAGUGGUGUACUACCUGGUGAAGUGGUGCUCGCUGCCAUACGAGGACAGCACCUGGGAGUUGAAGGACGACGUCGAUCAGAGCAAGAUAGAGGAGUUUGAGCAGCUGCAGGCAGUGAAGCCAGACUCGCGCAGGGUGGAGCGACCUCCAGCCAACAUGUGGACGAAGAGGGAUCAGUCGAGGGAAUACCGGAACAGCAACACCCUCAGGGAUUACCAGCUGGAGGGGGUCAACUGGCUUCUGUUUAACUGGUAUAACAGGCGCAACUGCAUCCUGGCGGACGAGAUGGGCCUGGGAAAGACAAUCCAGUCCAUCACAUUCCUGGAGGAGAUCCAGCGCGUUGGCAUCAAGGGGCCCUUCCUCAUAAUUGCCCCCCUCUCCACCAUCGCCAACUGGGAGCGCGAGUUCCACACUUGGACCCACCUCAACGUCAUCGUCUACCACGGAAGCAUGGUCAGCAGGCAGAUGCUGCAGCAGUACGAGAUGUACUUCAGGGAUGCACAGGGUCGUGUGAUUCGUGGCGCCUACAAGUUCCAGGCCGUUAUCACCACGUUUGAGAUGAUCCUGGGCGGCUGCCCCGAGCUCAACGCCAUCGAAUGGCGCUGCACCAUCAUAGACGAGGCGCAUCGGCUCAAGAACAAGAACUGCAAGCUGCUGGAGGGCUUCAAGCUCAUGAACCUGGAGCACAAAGUUCUGCUGACGGGCACCCCUCUUCAGAACACGGUGGAGGAACUUUUCAGCCUCCUCCACUUCCUGGAGCCGGCGCGCUUCCCCUCGGAAAACAACUUCAUGCAGGAGUUUGGAGACCUCAAGACAGAAGAGCAGGUCCAGAAACUUCAGGCCAUCCUGAAGCCUAUGAUGCUGCGGCGUCUGAAGGAGGACGUGGAGAAGAAGCUGGCUCCUAAGGAGGAAACCAUCAUCGAGGUUGAGCUCACCAACAUCCAGAAGAAAUACUACCGCGCCAUCCUCGAGAAGAACUUCUCCUUCUUGGCUAAAGGAGCCGGUCAGUCCAAUAUGCCCAACCUGGUCAACACCAUGAUGGAGCUGAGGAAGUGCUGCAACCAUCCCUACCUCAUCAAAGGGGCAGAAGAGAAGAUUCUGGAGGAUUUCAGGGAAGUCCACAGUCCUGCUGCUGUUGACUUCCACCUGCAGGCGAUGGUGCAGUCCGCCGGGAAGUUGGUGCUUAUCGAUAAACUGCUGCCGAAGAUGAAGGCAGGAGGCCACAAGGUCCUCAUCUUCUCCCAAAUGGUGCGCUGUCUGGAUAUCCUGGAAGACUACCUGAUUCAGAAAAGGUACUUGUACGAGCGUAUUGAUGGACGUGUUCGCGGGAACCUGAGACAGGCUGCAAUAGACCGCUUCAGUAAACCCGACUCGGACCGCUUUGUGUUCCUGCUGUGCACGCGAGCCGGCGGCCUGGGAAUCAACCUGACCGCUGCAGACACCUGCAUCAUCUUCGACUCUGACUGGAACCCGCAGAACGACCUGCAGGCUCAGGCUCGCUGCCAUCGGAUCGGUCAGGACAAGGCGGUGAAGGUGUACCGCCUCAUCACCAGGAACUCGUACGAGCGGGAGAUGUUCGACCGCGCCAGCCUCAAGCUGGGCCUGGACAAGGCUGUGCUGCAGAGCAUGAGCGGUCGCGACAACAGCCUGGGAGGGGGCACCGGGGGAGGGGCUGCGCAGCAGCAGCUGUCCAAGAAGGAGGUGGAGGACCUGCUCCGACGCGGCGCCUACGGGGCCAUCAUGGACGAGGAGGACGAAGGGGCCAAAUUCUGUGAGGAGGACAUCGACCAGAUCCUGCAGCGCAGAACGAAGACCAUCACCAUCGAAUCCGAGGGACGAGGAUCCACUUUUGCCAAGGCCAGUUUUGUUGCAUCCGGAAACCGCACAGACAUCUCUCUGGAUGACCCCAACUUCUGGGACAAGUGGGCCAAAAAGGCUGACAUCGAUAUGGAAAUGGUCAACGGCAGAAACAGCCUGGUGAUCGACACUCCCCGUGUACGGAAGCAGACCCGGCCCUUCAGCGCCACCAAGGACGAGUUAGCCGAACUCUCAGAGGGUGAAAGCGAGAACGAUGAAACCAAGCCGAAGCUCAGGCGAAACGAACGCCUGAACAACUACGGUCGCACCGAGUGCUUCAGGGUGGAGAAGAACCUCCUGGUUUAUGGAUGGGGCCGCUGGAAGGAUAUUCUCAACCACGGCCGCUUCAAGAAGCAGCUAACGGAGUGGGAUGUAGAGUCCAUCUGCAGGGCCCUGCUGGCCUACUGCCUGGUCCAUUACCGUGGCGAUGACAAAAUCAAGAGCUUCAUGUGGGACCUCAUCGCUCCAACAGAGGACGGACGCACCAAGGAGCUGCAGAAUCACCUGGGCUUGUCGGCUCCAGUCCCUCGAGGCAGGAAGGGAAAGAAGAUGAAGACCCAGUCUAGUUCUUUUGACAUCCACAAGGCCGAGUGGCUCCGGAAGCAUAACCCCGAGCACAUGCUGCAGGACGACGGCUACAAGAAGCACCUGAAGCACCACUGCAACAAGGUGCUGCUCAGGGUCAGAAUGCUCUACUACCUGAAGCAGGAGGUGAUCGGAAGCCAGGCCCAGAAGGUUCUGGAUGGUGUCGAUUCCAGUGAGGUGAAGAUCUGGGUCCCGGACCCGGAUCACUCGGAGCUGCCGGCCCUGUGGUGGGAUGCAGUUGCUGAUAAAUGUCUGCUGCUCGGCGUCUUCAAACACGGUUAUGAGAAGUACAACACCAUCCGAGCGGACCCGACUCUGGUCUUCUUAGAUCGAGUGGGACGGCCGGACGAGAAGGCCAUCGCUGCCGAGCAGAGAGGCAACGAUUUCAUGGACGGGGAUGUGGACGAUCCGGAAUACAAACCCGCUCCGGCACUCAUAAAGGACGACAUGGAGGAUGACGCCUCCUCUCCUGGAGACUUGGUCGUCUCCGACAACGCCGGCGACGCGGCUCCAGUGACGGAAGGCCAGACCUCCUACUGGCCCUCCCCGUCCGUGCUGACGGCCAGACUCCGGCGACUGAUCACGGCCUCUCAGCGCUUCACGAAGACCCGGCAGAUCCUCCACAUCCACCAGGCUCAGUCUCACACCCAGCAGACCACCAUGCUGCCCGCGCCGCUCUAUCCGCUGCCCCCCACGCUCAACGACACCCUCAACCCCAAGAUGGCUGCAAAGAUCGAACGGCAGCAGCGGUGGACCAGGAGAGAGGAGGCCGACUUUUACCGGGUCGUUUCCACGUUUGGAGUCGUUUUCGACCCGAGCCUCGGCCGCUUCGACUGGACCAAGUUCCGGGCCAUGGCUCGGCUGCACAAGAAAACCGACGAGAGUCUGCAGAAGUACCUGUGCGCCUUCACCGCCAUGUGUAGGCGAGUGUGUCGCCUGCCGCCCAAAGAAGGAGACUCCUCAGUGGAUCCGUCUCUGACCAUCCAGCCAAUCACGGAGGAGCGAGCGUCUCGUACCCUUUACAGAGUCGAGCUGCUGCGCCAGGUGAGGGAGCAGGUGCUCCGACACCCGCUACUCUACGAACGCCUCCGGCUGUGCCAGAUGAGCUCGGACUUGCCUGUGUGGUGGGAGGUCGGGACUCACGACCGCGACCUGCUAAUCGGCGCCGCGAAGCACGGCGUGAGUCGUACCGAUUACCACAUCCUCCGAGAUCCGGACCUCAGCUUCAUGGCUGCCCAGCGGAACUACAGCCAGAUGAAAACGGCGGCGCCGCCGCAGCAACGCACAUCCACGCCACUCCUGCAGCCUCAGCACCAGGUGGCCAGCUCGCUGAUCACCGGCUCACCGCUGCCCCUGCCGGCCCAGAGGGAGGCUGACCCCUGUGGGGCUGAGCCCAAAGUGGAACCAGCCUCAGAGGAGGAGGAAGAGGCCAAACCGAAGCAGGGAGACAGCUGGAGCCCGCCUCGACCCCCAGCGACCCCCACGGGCCUGGAGAAGAAGCCGUUCCCCGCAACGAGCGACAGUGACAGGCAGAUGGUGGCGGCACGAACCAAACCGCUCACGCCAAACUCCUCAGAGAGGAAACCCAAGAAGGCCAGCAAGAGGGGCCGCAGGGAGGCCCGGAGGGGCUCCGAGUACAACUCAGACGGCUCCUCCUCAAGCUCUUCAUCCCGCUCCUCUUCAUCCUCAUCAUCAUCCUCUUCGUCAUCGUCGCGUACCGGGUCCAGCUCUUCGUCCUCAUCGUCUUCUUGCUCCUCCGGCUCCUCAUCUUCAUCGUCCUCCUCAUCCUCCUCUGAUGACAGUGAAAGCGAGGGCGAGGAAGCGAAGAAGAAAAUUCCCGUGGCGACGAGCGUCAAGGGCUUUGAUGAGGACAGCGUGGCGUCGCUGAGCACCAUGCAGGAUGAAACACAAGACGCCCACAUGGCUGAAAACGGCGUCACCAACAGCUCCUCCCACCCGUUCCAGGGAGGCGGGUACAUGAUGGCUGCGUCCUAUUGGCCGAAGGACCGUGUGAUCAUCAACCGCCUGGACAGCAUCUGCCAGGCGGUGCUGAAGGGCAAGUGGCCGGGCCCGCGUCGGGUCUACGAGCCCGGGGGCGCCGUGACCUCCUUCUACACCACCAAGCUGCUCGACAGCGCCAACAGCCUGAGCGAGGACCCCUCUGCCUCGCCACAGGGGUCAAAGGUGACCAAGCAUGUUGCAGAAAACAAGGAGUUCUCAGUAAAACUCAACGAUCAGGAGGGCGGGCUGAAGCUGACCUUCCAGAAGCAGGGUCUGCCUACGAAGAGGCCCCUGGAGUCUGAGGAAGGCCCCCAGGCCCAGCAGCAGUACCUGGCCCGGCUACACGAGCUGCAGAGCGCUUCAGACACGGGCCUAGCGGACAUCACCAAGCCUCAGAGCAGCUUCCAGACGGCUCCUCCACCUCUUUCUGGUCAGAGCAGACCGAAUGGAGCCCUGGACUUCCAGCCCAUCGCUAAGAAGCGACGAGGGAGGAGGAAAAAUGUGGAAGGGAUGGACCUGCUCUUCAUGAACAAGAAUCAGGUGUCAGUUGCUCCCAGUCAGGCACCUUCAGGGUGGGGGGGGAUUGGUCAGGUGGGCAUGCCUGGAGCUGCUGUGCCAGGCUGCAGUCAGAGCGUCACUCCGAUCCUCGUAGAAACGGAGACCAGGGUCCCCGUGAUCAACCUGAAAGACGGCACCCGGCUUGCGGGAGACGACGCCCCCAUGAGGAAAGAGCUGGAGCAGUGGCUGAAGGAGCAUCCCGGCUUUGUGGCAGACACGGGAGCCUUCAUCCCCGGAGUAAAUAAGAUGCAAAUGCAGUUCCACUUCCAGGACGGUCGGCCCAAACAAAAACGGCACCGCUGCAGAAACCCAAACAAGAUCGAUGUCAACAGUCUGACGGGAGAGGAGAGGGUCCAGAUAAUCAACCGCAGAAACGCCCGCAAGAUCGGUGGAGCCUUUGCUCCUCCUCUCAAAGAUCUGUGCCGGUUCCUUCAGGAGAACCCGGAGUACGGGGUCCCGCCUGAGUGGGCCGACGUGGUCAAACAGUCGGGUUACCUCCCAGAGAGCAUGUUCGACCGGAUUCUGACCGGACCAAUCGUCCCUGAGGAGGUGAGCCGACGUGGGCGUCGACCAAAGAAUCCCCUGGCGAAGGUGGCUGCAGCUGCGGCGGCGCCCAACCCGGCGGCCACCGGUCUGGGUUUGAACCCUCUGGCGACGAACGGCCUCCUCUCUGGAAUGGACCUCUCCAGUCUCCAGGCCUUCCAGCAGAACCUGCAGAGUUUUCAGUCCCUGCAGCUCACCGCUGGCCUGAUGGGUCUGCCGUCAGACGCCAGCAACCUGGCCGCCAGCAACUUGGCUGCAAUGUUUCCCAUGAUGCUCUCUGGCAUGACCGGAUUGCCAAACCUGCUCGGUAUGAGCAGCUUGCUUGGGAAGACGACUCAGGAAGGCGCCGGAGGCUCUGAGGAAACGACAAAGGGAACCGGAGAGCCACCGGCUGCUCCGCCUCACACUUCAGACGCUAAAGGAGAAAGGACAGAGGGCUUAAACACGACUCCUUCCUCCACUUCCAGCUGUGCUUCCUCCACCACCUCCACACAAAGUGCUUCAGCUGCUCCUGCAGCCUCCGGUCACUCACUCACUCUUAACCCCUUGUUAAUUUCCAGUAUGCUGUAUCCAGGGAUGCUUCUCACUCCAGGCCUUAACCUACCCGUGUCCGCCACGCAGCUCCAGAGCUCAAACAGUGACCCCUCCAGCCUCCCGCCCGCUGCUCCCCCCGCAGCCUCCCCGUCGUCGUCAAAGGAGAAGCAGCAGCCGCGGGAGAGGGACGGAGAGGAGGACGAGACGCCGGAGGAGGCUGGAGACGAAGAGGACGAGGAGGAGAGGGCGGAACAAAAAGAAAACAGUGGUCCUGAAAGUUCAACAAAAGCCGACUCUUCCUCGUCGGACUCUGGGAGCAGCUCCUCAUCCUCCGACGAUUCGGACUCCAGCGACGAGGACUGAACCUUUUUGAUUAUAGAGUUAUGAAUUUAUUUAUGUAUCGCCUAGAAAUGUAAACAUUUAUUCACAUAUAUAUAAAAAUGGAUUUUUUUCAGCACUUACGUUGCGAUUUCCUUCACGUGUAAAUACGGAGCGACCCUGCUGUGUAAGGACUGUGAGAACAGGAGCAGCUCACUUUAGGAGGACUGAAAUAAGAUGUGUUUGUUCACGAGGUACCGUGGUGUUUCAGACGCGCUGCAUGUCACGCCGUGUGAGCUUGUACCACCCAGUUCUGUACAGCUGAAACGACAAAGGCAUUAUUGUAAUUAUGUCAGGAUUAAUUUUAUUAAAAACACAGUGAAACUACAGAAACACGCUCGCUUAGCAGUACGAUUAAUAUAUUUUGAUUGUGAGGGGAUGAACACUUGACUUGUAAAUAGCCAGUACCUUUGCAGGUUUGUUGACGCGUGUGCUUUGCAGAUCGUAUGUUGGCAUCGUCAGCAAUAACCUGGGCAGCUAAUGAAUGUCACUGAAGCUGUAGAUUCUCUCGCCUGCCGUGUUUCCACCCCAGAGCACAACAUGUACAGACUCGAACCUGGCGCCUUCACCCUAAGAGCUCCUUCGAUGUCCCUCUCCGGCGUGGAGACGCAAGUUUGUAUUUUUUUUUGGUCCGAAGUCGGCAUUACAACAAAACGAGCCGCCGCGCGUUCAUCCGAGUUCCCCAAAGACGGCGUAAACGUUCACCCGUUCGUCUGUUGUGAUUUAAAAAGAAAACAACCUGCUACCGUGUGCCAAACACACUGCCCUUUGACCUCUCCAGGUCCCGACAGUGUUGUAAAUAUCCCGUCAGUUUGACCGCAUUCAUGCAUCUUUACCUCAACUCUGCUUAACGGAUUUGCUUCACUGUGCAAAUGUUCAUGUGCACGGGUGUCUGUUAUCUGUCCACAUUUACAUCACACUGGUGUGUGUGUGUGUGCGUGUGUGUGUGCGAGACUGAGUGAAGGUCGGAUGUCUGCCGGAGCUACGAGCAUCUCAUCGUAACUUUGUGGUGUUUUUAGUAUUAGAGUCGCGUCGGGAAGGGCUCGAUCGUUUCAGCUGGCGUUGCUGAGAGUCUGCGGCUCUCUCCUCACGUCGUUUCCCUUCAGCCGCCGCCGCCCUGUUCUGCUGACAAACGGAGCUUCAGCUAGAUGUAGAAGUGCCCUUAUCCUGCACCUCGUUCAGCCGCUCGCUGUCUGUGCGUCUGACGCUUCGUUCAGCAUCCGUGCACAUGUCCGUUUGGGAGCCGUAGCCAGGACACAAACACUGGACCGCACUCGAGUAGAAGUACGUUUUCUUGUAAUCCUACACGGUGGACUGUUAAGUAUUUCUGGGUCGUCGCUGUUGGGGCCCGCUGAGUAAACUGUUAACUAAUCUGUAGCAUCUCUCUCUGGUGGGUUAACCGAGGGGAACGAGCUGAACACUGAAGACACGUGUUUUCUGAUGUUGUUUGAAGUGUUUUUCCUUGUAUGCCUGUUCUAAAUAGACCUCGUUAUGGGUUUGCUUUCAAUGCAACAGCAUUUUUUAUGGUUAUUACUAACAGUGCGGUAUUUUUGUAUGUAUGAACGAUGGACAUAUACACACCACUGUCAUUUUUGUAUUUCUGCACCUCUGCCGUCUUUGAACUCGUAGUGCCCUUACGCAAACCCAGCUGCUGGACGCGACGAUGCGUUGCCCCUCAGUGAUGGAUCGGUGGAUUGACUUGUGCCGAAGCUCACUAGGACGCACGAGGGGAAAGGAAGUCAUGUUGGAAAUGGUUUUAUUUUAUUUUUUCAUUCCCUGUGUUUUUUUUUCUCCCUCCCCACAAGGUUCCACUGUACAAGAACUCCAGAUCGCACGUUUGCUUUGCUGGAUCGGGUCUGAGGAACGACUAAACACACAACUGCUGUACGAGGAGGAGUUCUCCGUUUCCACUUGUAACCACUGAGAGGACGGGGCCAGCAACUGGGCUUUUGUUUCCAAGUUUCAGCUACUUUAAGUGUCACCUUGGUCAGUUUUGUUAUUUUUUCUCCAUUAGACAGUUAUUCUUGCAAGAUGUGGUCCGUGUAGUCGAAAUAAUUAAUGUAGUGCAGGAAUAUGCGUCUGUCAUUUGUAAUUUAUUGGAUUACUUUCUAUAAAGUUCUAUAGACGAAAUUGAAGUUUAAUUAUUUUUAUUAAACAUAUUCUUCUGACUAUUACAAACAA